GUACACCGAACGCCUUCUUCGCGGAUGAAGCGUGGAAAGCAAACCUGUAACAGUGAGAAAUGAGUGGGAGAGAUCUGCGUGCCUUCCUAUCGAGCCACCGUGCUGAGGACGUAGAGAAGCUGACGCAGAGAGUAAAGGAUGAAUUGGGAAUCACCAAAUACAAACCUGUUCAGUAUGACGAGCUUCAGGCUAUGGUGGAGGCUAAGAAGCUCUACUCUGACAAGAUUGAACACAAGGUGCAGAAAAGUCGGCGUGUUGCUCAGGAGAGGAGAGAGAGCUGCCUCCUAGACCAGCACAGACAAGUGUGGAUCUCAGAGAUCCACAAACUGAACCGAGCCAGGGAGCGAGUGGAGGCAGAAAUGAGGAACUUCCUAACCAGAAGCAGACUGGAAGAAGAAGGAGAUGGAGACCUCUUCAAUGAUCUUCUGCAUUUUGAUCUGACUUUGGAGCAUGAACGUGAAGCAUUUCGUUUGGCCACAGUAGAGCCAGUGUGCCAGCUAAGAGAGGACCUGCUCUACAGACUGAUGUCACGGCAUCCAAAAGUCAAUCAGGAUGCAGAGUGGGUGCAAAUCCUUCAGCAGGUGGCAUCUGUGAAGGAACAGCAGCAGGCCGUGAUGGACAGACUGCAGGAUGAGUGUGUCACUCUGGAGCAGGAGCUAAGCGCUGCUGGACUGGAGGAGCGACUGGAUGCCUCUACAGUGGAGGAGUAUGUUGGUGUUUUGGAGCAAAUACCAGAGGAGAUCCUGACCGCACACUGCCCUUACCCUGAGGUCAAAGAAUCCAUCAUCAAGGUCUUUGUCAACAUGGGUGAAAAAUACUCAAAGCGCCUAGAGACAACACGCAGCAGGUUGUUGGGCCUGGACAGGAAUUGUGGCUGGAAUGAAGAGGAUCACUUGCGGUUCCUCCACACUGUUGGCCAAUAUUCUCCUGACCUAAGAAACCACAGAGGUCUCUAUAUGGACAUGCUCCAGAGAGUUCUACCCCAUAUCUCCAGAGCAGAACUGAGUGCUCAUGAGCGGACUUGGGACUGGUACAGGUUCAGCUUGGAGCAGGAGAGGCUGCUGCUGGAGAGUUGGCACCGGGAGCAGGCAUUACUGCGUCUGCGGACUCUGCAGUUACUGGAGGAUGCCAGGGUAAUUUAUGAUGAAGAGCAGAGCCUCCGAAGUGACAGAUUACACCAGCAACACACCUGUGCAAAUCUUAGACAAAAGCUGCAGCAGUGGCGUGAGCAGCAGGAAGAGGUGGCUCAGAUGGAGGCGGCUAUAGCUGAACGCUGGCAGGAGGAGGAGAAGCAAAGACAGAGAGAGGAGCAAGAAAGAGAGCACUCCAGAAGGACCAGACAGAAACAACAAGUGCGAGAGUUUCACGAGAAGCAGUGCAGGAGGCGGGCGGAGUGGAGGCGCAGGGAGGAGAUGAGCCUGGCACAGCUCAGGAGAGACAUGGAGGAGCAGGCGAGGAGAGAUAAAGAAAGAGUUGAGUUCAGAGAGAAGUUGCUCCAGCAUCGACAGCAGGAGCAACAAACUAAAGAGAGACUCAAACAGAGAGAGGAAGAGGCAAGAGAGGAGAGACUACAGACAUUACGCAAUCAGGUUGCCAUUGUGGCAGAGGCAGACCCAGAGAGGAUGAUGGGACAGACUGAAGCGUGGAGAACGCGUCUACACCCUGACCAACAAGACUUCGUGCUGCAGAGACCCCUCUAUCCCUUACACACCUAUACAGACACACAGAUUGUGGCUGACCCGAGGGUGCGUAUAGAGCAGGCACUCAGGACAGCAGGUCUUCAUCACACACACUAUGCACGAGCGCUGCUUUCAGAAAUCCCACCUCCAAAACCACCACGACGAGACAUGAAAUCCACUGUCUUCAAAUCCUAACCAUACACUGAUUCAUACACUGUUGAUGUUUCAUCUAACAUGGACAAAAACACUAAGAGGAAUGAAAAGAAAUUCUUCUCCACAACAGCACACUGCAGAGUGACAUGAUUACCUUCACGUGGAAACACCUUUAAAAAAAGAGAGAGACUUCAUUCAUUCAUAUUCUAUACUGCUUAUCCUGUCCAGGGUUCUGGGGACUGGAGCCUAUCCCAGGAGACUUUGGGCACAAUGCAGGGUACCAAUCCAUCUCACGUCACACACACACUAUGCGCAACUUAUACGCCAGUUAACCUAAUCUGCAUGUCUUUGGACUGUGGGAGGAAACCUGUGUGCUCAGAAGAAACCCACCAAGCACGGGGAGAACAUGCAAACUUCACACACACACAGACCCAAGCUGGGAAUCGAACCCUUGGCCCUGGAGGUGCGAGGCCACACUGUUAACUACUACAUCACCGUGGCACCAUAGUAAGCAUACUAGCAUAGUAAGCAUGCUGUGAAAAUGAAAUGCUUUACAAAAAAUAUACUCUGUUUAUGAAAAAAAUUGCAUUUUUAAAAUUCAUUGGGGUAAUAAUGGAAACAGAACAAAAACAAAUAACAGAAUGUUUUUAUAAAUAAAUGCUUUAUAUCUAAGCAAUAUCACACAAAAGGGAGUGCUGUCAUACUAAACAUUAGCCCGGAUGUGAUGUGAUGAUGAUGAAUUCACAGGCCAAGUGUGAUAUUGCCUUUAUACAACAAAAACUGCCAAUGGACCCUCUUCCAAAUGGUUGAGAUAUUGUAUAAAAUUUUCACUUAAAUAAAUGCUAACUUUUUGUCGGGCGGGACCCAUUAUUUCUUGUGGUUUGAUAUAAAGCAAUUGAAAAGGCAUUGUAUUGAAAGACAUUGCAUCAUGUAGUGGAUUUUUCAGCACAGCAUACCUCAACCAAUUGGGAGAGAUGGCUCACUCAGGUUAUGUUUGAUACAUUUUUCCAUAUGAUAUAGUGACUUCGAAUUUACUCUACCAAAAAGAUUGGCCAUUAAAUAUAGAUUUGAAAUUUCCUACUUUAGA